AUGGAUCAACAGGGGUUACUUCGCCCUAAGAAACCCUUCAUUGCAGACGAUGAGAUAAUGGAGCUACUAUGGCAAAACGGUCAAGUUGUCACGCAGACUCAAAACCACCGCCAUAUCAACAACCCACCGCCGGGGAGAAACUCCGACGACUCCACUCGCGGCCGAACUUCAUCGCCGAGGGAGAAUCAGUAUCUCUUUAUGCAAGAAGGAGAAAUGGCUUCGUGGCUUCAUUAUCCUAUUAACGAUGAUUCUCCUUUGGAUCAAUCCUUCGGCGCGGAUUUCCUUAAUCAGCAGUCGGUUGUCAAUAACAACAGUUCCAUGCAAACUCCACAACGGCGGUCCGAGCAGGUGCCUAACUUCGCAUACUUUGCGAGACACGGCGUUGGUGUUAGAGCCGAACCAGAGAGACUGUCUAUAAGGGAAUCAACAAUAGAAGAUUCGUGUGACACGCCAGUUGUGAUGGUAACGGCUGUAUCGGAGACGGCAGAAGGAGAAAUCGGCUUGACGGCGCGUUCGACGACGUUUGACGAACCGGAUGGAUCGAGUAGCGAUGUAGAACCGGUUCGGGAGAUAGCGGAGCUGGGCCGGAAGCGGAAGGAAAGGGAGGCGGAGGAAUGGAAGUAUCAAAACGAGGAUGUUGAUUUUGAAUCUGCGGAAGCCAAAGAUAAAUUCAGGGGAUCAUCAACAAAGAGAUCUCGCGCUGCUGAGGUCCAUAGUCUCUCAGAGAGGAGGCGCCGUGAUCGGAUUAAUGAAAAGAUGAAAGCUCUGCAAGAACUUAUACCUCAAUCUAAUAAGUCCGACAAAGCGUCUAUGCUGGAUGAGGCAAUCGAGUACUUGAAAUCACUGCAGUUACAAGUUCAGAUGAUGUCCAUGGGAUGUGGCAUGGUACCUAUGAUGUUUCCUGGAAUCCAGCAGUAUAUGCCACCAAUUAGAAUGGGAAUAAACAGGCCAGUAAUGCCGUUUCCCAAUAUGUUUUCUGGUUCUGCUUUGCCUGCAAAUUUUGGACCAAGGUUCGCUAUGCCUCCUUUCCACACGCCGCAUGUUCCUACACCUGAUUCAUUCACAAUGCCAGCAGCAAAUCUGGCAGAUAAUAACAUGCCCACCUCAGUUUCCACACAUGAUUCAAAUAAGCCAGGUAUCCCAAACUUCACUAAUCCUUAUCAACAAUACCUUGGACCCCACCAGACGCAAUUUCAGUUAAUGCAGAAUCAGCCAAUGAAUCAAACAAAUGUCAGCAAGUUAGAAAGUGGCCGUCAGUCAGCUGUUACCACUAGCUAUCAAAAUGGUACAACUAGUAUUAUUUUAUAUUUUCUGCUACCCAUCUACAGUAUGCCAAGUUUUGUCUGUAACGGAAGGAACUUUUUAUCAGUUCUCAGUUGCAAGCUAAUAAUAUAUGCAUUACACCGCUAA